AUGGGCUGUAUGUGUGAUCAAGACAACACAUCACUCGUUUUCAUCGGAUAUUUGUUUCUGUAUUACGACAUUGAACAGGUGGGGCGAAUGGAUGGAUUGAAAAAGAAGUAUUACUGCGUGAAUGAUACAGCAAAGGAUGAAUUUCGUUUCGUGAACAAAAAUGGGCGUAUCAAUGUUUCAUACACGUCAGUGGGACAGAUAAAGAGUAUGCACUCAAAUGUGAUUCUAUUCAUUAUGCAAGCUGAAUGGUGGUUGGUGUUGACAUUAGUUUUAUUUGGAUUUAUCGUCAGUUGGUUUUUCUUCGCAUUUCUUUACUUUCUGGUUUCGGUCGAACAUGGAGAUUUUGAUAUUAACGAAGAUGAUCAAUUCUACUAUAAUCAAACAAAUUCCAUACGAUCAGAUCCAAAAGAACGAGAAAAAUGCGUUCAAGAUGUGCAUAACUUUCUAAGUGCCUUACUUUUCUCUAUCGAAACUCAACAUACAAUCGGUUAUGGUUCAAGAUAUAUCACAACAGAAUGUAUGGGUGGCAUACUCGUCUUGACAUUACAGUCAUCGCUAGGAUAUUUGCUACACGUGAUUGUUACACAGGUUGUUUUUACAAAACUGUCUCGACCAACAGAAAAAUCACAAUUUAUCGUCUUUAGUGAUAAUGCAUUGAUAGCCCCACGUAAUAACCACUUGACAUUAACCUUUCGCAUAGGUAAUUUGUCCCCAUCGCAAUUAAUAUUUGCUAGUGUACGGUUAUUGAUGAUUCGUCAACGGCGAACAAUGGAAGAUGAAGUAAUUCCUCAUUAUCUUUAUGAUAUGGAGAUAACACACCUUCGGAAUGGUCAAUUAUUCUUUCCUCGACCGAAUGUCAUCGAGCAUAUUAUUAAUUAUCGAAGUCCACUCUAUGGUAUUCAACGUUCUACGUUAACCAGUGAACAUUUCGAAUUGAUCGCGAUUAUUGAAGGUAGUUUCGAUUACACGGGAUUCUCUUGUCAUUUUCGAACAUCUUAUUUACCCAGUGAACUUUUGUGGGGUUACGAGUUCUCGUCGUGUAAUUCUACACUCAGUGGAUUCGAUUUCGAAAGAUUCAAUCAAGUUCAACUGAUUCAUGCUCAACCAAUUUGGAAUUAUCAAGACGAUGAUUCGGAGAAAAACAGUCCGCCAAUACCGAUCCAUACUCCAUAUUUAUAUCCAAAACAUUUUUCUACGACUAGUCAGCGAGAAAGUUUACCUCGGCGAAAGUCAUCCAAUGAUUUUCCUAAAAAGUUCAACCGAUUAGAAACGAUCGAGUCCAUAAUAGAUACAAAUGUGAGCGAUACACCUCUGAUAGAUCCUGUAGACGAACAGAACGACGAAGAAAAAGUCUCAUUGAAAUUAGGCGAUUCAUUUGUAAAACAUGUUGAAUUUGAAUGA